AACUCCACACAAAUUCCAUUAUAUUCUCUCUAUAUAUUAUCCCUUCUCAUCAUCAUUCAAUUCCUCUGUGUUUGUUUCUCUCAAGCAUGCCAAAAAUGGCUACAAUGCUGAGCAUCCUGAAGUUCUCAAUCCUCAUCUUUGUUAUUCUGUUUCAGAAUCAGGCUUCAAUGGCUGCACAUUCAUCUACCCUGAAACCACGGGGUAACAACCGCAUGUAUGGUGUGACUGAAGGCAGCCUGCGUCCUCAAGAGUGUUCGCCGAAGUGCGGUUUCCGGUGCUCGAAGACGGCGUUCAAGAAGCCUUGUUUGUUCUUCUGCCAAAAAUGCUGUGCUAAGUGUCUGUGCGUGCCGCCUGGGACUUAUGGCAACAAGCAAGUUUGCCCUUGCUACAAUAACUGGAAGACCAAGAGAGGAGGCCCCAAAUGCCCUUAAUUAUCUAUUUCCUAGACCAAUUAAUUAACAACAUAUUAAUUUUUAAUUUAUAUAGUAUUAUUAAGUAUUUUGUUAAGAAAAAUGGGACCAUUAUCCAUCUCCCUCUCUCAUAUAUUAUGGGGAAAAUAAUGAUUAUAGUAUUUCCCUUAGUUAAUUAAGGCAAGAGAGAAUUUGAUCCCUUUUCUAGAUUUUAAUUUAAGUUGAGUUGUUGUGCUGGCUUGUACUCCAGUUUCUCAAUAUUUAGUAAAGUUUCUCUUCAUAUAGUAACUAAAA